GAUUCUUGAAUCUUGAGAAAUUACGACGCGAGAAAUGAGUGUUGAAUGAACAGUCUUGAAUUUGAAACUUUUUAGAUUUUACAAUGUUGUUACAUAAGAUAAGUGCCUAAAUAUACUAGAAUACUAUUGUUAAGUUAGUGCAGAAGUGUUUAAAUGCUUACGAGAUGUCGAAGAAUAAAAUAGCCGCUAGAAUCGACAGUCAAAAUGUGGAAGUGAAGACUAAGUUCGAUGCAGAAUUUCGACGUUUUUCAUUGAAUAGAAAGGAGAAAUUGAAAUAUGAAGACUUUAAAGCACUGAUAGAGAAAUUAUAUAAACUACACAAUGUAACAUUCCUGAUAAGCUACACAGACCCGAGCGAUGGGGAUCUUCUGCCUAUAAAUAAUGAUGAUAAUUUGGCAAGAGCGCUGCUCACAGCGAGGCCACUUCUUAGGGUUAUUAUACAGAGGAAAGGAGACAGUUUAGAAGAAUUGAACGGCUAUGGCACAAUACGACCACGGAAUCUAAUAUCUAUUUUCAGCGGAACGCCGGCUAAAAACAAAGGGCUUGCUAUAUCUAAUCCACACGAUUUUAGGAUGGUUUCCGCAAUCAUAGACGUAGACAUAGUGCCAGAGACCUGCAGGAGAGUGAAGCUGCUCAAGCAUGGCUCCGAUAGACCUUUAGGAUUUUUUAUACGCGACGGCACGUCAGUCCGCGUGACGGCGCACGGCGUAGAGCGGUCGCCGGGCAUCUUCAUAUCGCGGCUGGUGCCGGGCGGGCUGGCGGAAUCCACCGGCCUGCUCGGCGUCAACGACGAGGUGCUCGAGGUCAACGGCAUCGACGUCUCCAACAAGACCCUGGAUCAGGUGACGGACAUGAUGGUGGCUAACUCGUCGAACCUGAUAAUCACGGUGCGGCCGGCCAACCAGCGUGCCGGCCCGCCGCCGCCCGAGCCCGCCAGACCGCCCUCCGACACCGACGAGGACAGAAUAUUCGACCAAGACGAGCAAGACGAAAUCGUAGACCUCACAGCGAUAACGUUAGAAGACCAGCCCGAAACCAACUUCCCUCACAGCAUUCCCAGCAAAGACGACGGCCAGAUACUACACCUCUAGUACAUACUGAACAAGUACCGCCGCGGUAGGCGGAGUAAACUAUAUCUCCACACCGAGGUAAACAUUCCUUUAUAGUGUAUGGUGCAGUGAUCAUUCCAUUUUAGAUAUUAAUACGUGGACAAUAAGCUUUAUAUUACUGUGUACUUAAAUUUCACAUGUGUUAGGGUUGCCAGAUUUUCGCUGUGUCGCCAGGAUCAAAACUAGACAUUUUUCGGUAUAGCAAGGGUAAUACCACUGACCUCCAUUACACAAGUACGCUGGACUUAUGAUACCCAACU